CAAAGUUCCGGAAUCGACCAAAACAAAACACCAAUAAACACAUCGAAGUCCAAAAGCUCUUUCCAUUUGCUUUCACUUUAAGAAACAUAAAAUUUACUCGAACUAAUCUAGAGUUUAGAAGAAGAAAAAAGCUGAAAGUUUGAUGGAGGGAUUGCCACUAGAGAUCUAUCUGAAGAUCUUCUGUUUCUUGGACUAUCAGAAUCUUGCCACCGCUCAACAAGUGUGCAGGAAAUGGAAAGUGUUGGCCUCAGACAACAAUCUCUGGUCCAUUUUAUUCAAGGAGAGAUGGGGAGUAGAUCGUGCUACAUUCUAUGCUCCUGCAGGUUCGAAAUCAUGGAAGGAUGUGUAUGAGGUCCAAGACCGUUGUGAUCGCAUUGGACUGGGGUUGAAGAUAAUCAGAGAAGGUGGCAACUAUUAUCUUGUUCAUCAAGGCGAGAUCCAACGCUAUCUGGGUUCGAGGAGACAAAGGAAAGGGCUGAACGGUCACGCUUUGAGUUUGAAGAGAGAAGGCAGUGGGGAAGUAUCCCAGGAAGAAGAGGAAUCCUCAUGCCGCGGGAUUUUGGAUAAAAUCCUUUUCUUCAUUGGGGACCUAGAAGUUGCUUCAACUGAUGCUAAACGUGCCAGAGUGCUUUGAAUUACUUCUCAAAGCAUCAAGGCUCAUGACAUUCUUGAUUCUACUGUAAACUUUCGUUGUAUUUAUGUAUCAGAUUGGAAACUGGUUAGUGUGGUUUGACUAUUUAUUUAAGGCAAUAAUACAAGAUCUCACGAUUUGUUCAUUUCCAUCAAUCAAAGUUCUUUUCGAAA